GGGCCGCACCUGCCCCGGGACCAGAGCGGACGCUCCCUCCGCGCUGAGCCGAGUGAGGGGAAACACGAGGGGUUCCUUGGAGAAGGUGGUGCGUCCUGGGGCGGCAGCUGAGGAAGAAAGACGCAGUGCCCCGAAGCCCCUGAGCUGAAAAGGGCCAGAAAGGGGGCGGCAUGGCAUGGCCCAAACUGCCUGCACCUUGGCUGCUGCUCUGCACCUGGCUCCCAGCAGGGUGCCUGUCCUUGCUUGUGACGGUCCAGCACACAGAACGCUAUGUCACCCUGUUUGCCUCUAUCAUCCUCAAAUGUGACUACACCACCUCUGCCCAGCUCCAGGACGUGGUAGUGACAUGGCGCUUCAAGUCCUUCUGCAAGGACCCUAUCUUUGACUACUACUCAGCGUCAUACCAGGCAGCUUUAUCCCUGGGCCAGGACCCAUCCAAUGACUGCAACGACAACCAGCGGGAAGUUCGCAUCGUGGCCCAGCGGCGGGGGCAGAAUGAGCCCGUGCUGGGGGUAGAUUACCGGCAGCGCAAGAUCACCAUCCAGAACCGAGCAGAUCUUGUGAUUAAUGAAGUGAUGUGGUGGGACCAUGGAGUGUAUUACUGCACCAUUGAGGCUCCAGGGGACACAUCAGGAGACCCCGAUAAGGAAGUAAAGCUCAUCGUCCUGCACUGGCUGACAGUGAUCUUCAUCAUCCUCGGAGCCCUCCUCCUCCUGCUGCUGAUUGGAGUGUGCUGGUGCCAGUGCUGUCCUCAGUAUUGCUGCUGCUACAUCCGCUGUCCCUGCUGUCCCGCCCGCUGCUGCUGUCCUGAGGAAGCCCUGGCCCGCCACCGCUACAUGAAGCAGGCCCAGGCCCUAGGUCCUCAGAUGAUGGAAAAACCCCUGUACUGGGGGGCGGACAGGAGCUCCCAGGUUUCAUCUUAUCCAAUGCACCCGCUACUGCAGCGAGAUUUGUCCCUGCGGUCCAGCCUCCCACAGAUGCCAAUGACCCAGACCACCAAUCAUCCUCCCCUCGCCGAUGGUGUCCUGGAGUAUUUGGAGAAAGAACUGCGGAACCUCAACCUGGCCCAGCCUCUGCCCCCAGACCUCAAAGCCAGAUUUGGCAAUCCCUGCAGCAUGCUGUCCUCCCUGGGCUCUGAGGUCGUGGAACGCAGAAUCAUCCACCUGCCCCCACUGAUCAGAGACCUGUCAUCCUCAAGGAGGACCAGUGACUCCCUGCACCAGCAGUGGCUCACCCCAAUUCCCUCCAGGCCCUGGGAUCUGAGGGAGGGGAGAAGGCAGCACCAUUACCCUGAUUUCCACCAGGAGAUCCAAGACCGGGGGCCAAAGUCUUGGGCAUUGCAAAGAAGGGAGUUGGACCCAUCGUGGAGUGGAAGGCACCGUAGCUCUAGGCUGAAUGGGUCACCCAUACACUGGUCAGACAGGGACAGCCUAAGCGAUGUCCCCUCGUCCAGCGAGGCACGCUGGCGGCCGAGCCACCCUCCUUUCAGGAGCCGCUGUCAGGAGUGGCCCCGCAGGCCCAGCCCCCAGGAGAGCACUCAGAGGCACGGGAGACGACGCAGGCACCGCAGCUACUCUCCUCCCCUGCCCUCCAGCCUCAGUUCCUGGAGCUCUGAAGAGGACAAGGAGAGGCAGCCCCAGAGCUGGGGAGCCCACCGCCGCCGCUCGCACUCCCCACACUGGCCCGAGGAGAAGCCGCCUAGCUACCGCUCACUGGAUGUCACUCCAGGCAGGAAUAGCAGGAAAAAAGGGAGUGUGGAGAGGCGCUCGGAGAAAGACAGCUCUCAUAGUGGAAGGAGUGUGGUCAUUUAGUCACCAAGCACAACACAACUUUUGUGGCUACUUCUCGGCUCCUGUGUGUCAUCAGCAUCACCUAGAUUUCCAGCUGACUUGGGACCUGCAAGUCUGAAUGUAACGGUUUUUGGCUUAGAUUCUGAGAAUCAAAUAGAAGAAUUUUAAAUACAGGAGUUUGAGAUUGGGUGUAGUGGCUCACACCUGUAAUCACAGCACUUUGGGAGGCUAAGGUGAAAGAAUCACUUGAGACUAGGAGUUCAAGAUCAGCCUGAGAAACAUAGUGAGACCUCGUCUCUACAAAAAAUAAAAAAAUUAGUUAGGUGUGGUGGCAUGCACUUGUAGUCCCAGCUACUCAAGAGGCUGAGGCAGAAGGAUCCCUUGAGCCCAGGAGUGCAAGGCUGCAAUGAGCCAGGAUCCCAUGAUCACACAUCUGUAUUCCAGCCUGGGCAAUAGAGCAAGUCCCCAUUACUAAAAAACCCAAAAAGCCAAAAAACAAAAAAGUUACAGUUCGAACCAACUGUAGUUUUAGCCUUGGUUCAUGCUCUCUUGCAUAUUUAUAUAGUCUCUGACUUGUAAUGGACCCGGACUGGAGUGUGAUCCCUCAGGAACUUAGUAGCCUGAGUCUUUCAGUAGAUUACACUGCCCAGAACCCUGGCCAUUCUCAAAAUGAGAACUUGGGAAUCUUUAAGAAGAAAUCAAACACGUUUUAGGAGAAGGAAAUCUAUGGAGUAGUAUAGGGACAUUCCCAUGGGAAUGUGUCUUCCUCCAUAGCAUGUCUUGAGGGUCCUUUCUUGUUAGGAGUUUAUCCUGCCAGCCCAUAAAUGGACUAUUUAUUAUAAGUGUAGGAAAUCACAGAGAAGCAGUUUUGCACCACCCUUAUUCCUGUGCCUUGUUUUCCUCUUGCUCUUUUUUACCUGUAUAUCUAAUUUAUAUUUUCAUAUAUAUUGUGUAUUGAUUGAAGUCACUUUAAAUCCUUCUUGGGAACAACACAGUAUAUAAAUAAGAAAGAAAGAAAACAUGUCAAGCUGAGCAUGCUGCUCCAAAUAAAUAUCUGCUUUCCUA